AUGAAAUAUACCUCAAUACUUUUGGCCACUCUUUUAGCCAUUUAUGUUCUGGCUUCUCCGCAAGUCAUCGUAGUAUAUAAGACGGUUUAUGUUGAUAAAAACGGUAAUAGAGUUGGACCACCAUCAAGUUUAAGGAGUACUAGCACUAGUAGCAGAGCAAUUCCCACAUUCACCACCACUACAACCAUCGACAUAUCUAAACCUACAAACAAACCUCAACAACAAUUGAAUCCACAACAAAUUUCUGAACCAGAAGAGCUGCAAGUCAAACAAGAACCUCCUUUUGCACUGGAACCGGAACCUGAACUGGUACCUGCACCUGAACCGGAACCUGAACUGGUACCUCAGCCUGCGCCUGCACUUGCACUUGCACUUGAACCUGAACCUGAACCCAAACCCGAACAGCAGGGUCAAACUUUCUCAGGUGAUGCAACUUACUAUUCGACCGGAUUGGGAGCAUGUGGCAUCGUCAAUACAGAUUCAGACUACAUCAUUGCGAUUUCGCACGAAAUGUAUGAUCAACACACACCAGAUGGAAACCCAAACCAUAAUACCUUGUGUGGUAAAAAGAUCAAGGCCUUCCGCAAUGGAAAAUCUAUAGAUGUUACAGUUGUUGACCGUUGUGAAGGAUGUGCAUAUAAUGACUUGGAUUUUUCCCCUGCAGCAUUCAAACAGUUGGCAGACUUUGAAGAAGGUAGAGUACGUAUUACUUGGAAAUGGUUGUAA